UGUGAAUUCAGGUUCCCGAACACCAUUCUGCUUGUUGGAUGUUGCAGCGAUGAAAUCACCCACAAGUAUAAAGGCAAAACCGUUAUGACGGAGGACGAACGCUAUGAGUCACUACGCCAUUGCAAGUAUGUAGAUGAAGUCAUUCCCGACGCACCUUGGGUGAUCUCUCAAGAAUUUCUUGACAAGCACAAUAUUGACUUUGUGGCACAUGACUCUCUUCCUUACGCUUAUGCUAGUGGAGCUGGGAACGACGUCUAUGAGUUUGUCAAAUCUGCAGGAAGGUUCAAGGAAACAAAACGGGCUGAUGGGAUUUCUACAUCGGACAUUAUAAUGAGGAUUGUAAAAGAUUAUAACCAGUAUGUGAUGCGCAACUUGGAUCGUGGAUAUUCAAGAAAAGAUCUUGGUGUUAGCUAUGUGAAGGAAAAGCGAUUGAGGGUGAACAUGAGAUUGAAGAAACUACAGGAGAAAGUGAAGGAACAACAGGAAAAAGUGGGAGAGAAGAUUCAAACUGUUGCAAUGCAUCGUAAUGAGUGGGUGGAAAAUGCUGACCGCUGGGUUGCUGGAUUUCUAGAGAUGUUUGAAGAAGGUUGCCAUAAAAUGGGCACUGCCAUCAGGGAUCGAAUUCAAGAGCGGCUAAGGGGUCAAGCCUCAUAUCUCCUACAAAAUGGCCAGGAAGUUGAUGAUGACGAUGAAGAAUAUUAUGAUGAUGAUGAUGAUGAUGAACAACAUUAUGAUGACGGCGAUUAUUAUUAUUAUGAGGCAGACAAGAGAGAUGAGAAAGAAAAGUAGAUAUGGUUUUCCAUUCUUGAAGGUAGUUGGUCUAUUUCCCAUGGCCACUUUGUCUCUAUAGAGUGCCACACAAUGGUAGCAGAUGAUGGAAUAUGGAUUACUCUGGUUUUGAAAGGAAGGGUUGAAGCUUCUACCUGUAUUAGUUUUUCUUAGUAUUAUUAUAAUUAUUAUUCACUUUUUUGUGGUUGAAGUUUCUCAGAACAUACAAGUAACACAGGUAUACAUGAAAGUCCUGUUUUCUGCUUGGCAAAAUUGGCUUUCUUGAAACGUGUUUCUGGUUGGUCAUGUAAGCA